AAUAUUUAAGAAGAGUAGUGCAUUUGAUAAAACUUAAUUUAGAAACACCUUUAUUUCCAAAUGACGAAAUAAAAGAACAAAAUGGAUUAUUAACACUAUCAAAAGAAUCAACAGUUCAGGAAGUAAAAUACUUUAUUAAAACUAUAAAGAAAAAAAUUCCUGCAGAAUUACAUCGAACAAAGAUAAUAAAAAAAAUAAUUGCACGAAUAAACAUAAUCCUUCAAGAAGAUGACGAGUUAAAAAUAAUUAAAAAAUUAGAAGAAAUAAUCUACGAAAUUGAUAACGAAAAACUAAACUUUAAAUUAUCAAUUUAUGC